GUGGAGUUCUUCCUCCUAAGUUCAAGCAAGCACGUACAUUGUCCAUCUUCACUUUCUGUCAAUUUCCAGUCAGCUUGCAUGAUCAGAAAGCCGAGGCCUCCCCUUUGAGAAGAACGCCACUCGUUAAAUGAAAGUUGGCCCUCAUGUUCCCAGGGCUCCUCAUAAAUACAAGGCUCCCGCUGUCAGAAACAACCUUCAAACGACGCAUCGAAGGAUGAAAGUCAGAGAAGAGCAAGCCUAAGAACUCCAUCCAAUCAUGAAUCACCCUUUGUUCACUCAAGCCAUGCAACAAGGGCAACAAGAUUCAGCUUACAUCGGGGAAGUUCGACAAAGCCGCAUCCUACCGCUGCUCCCACGCCCUAGCACCGUCCAAACUACCAAUCAAGACUUCAAGCUCGCAGUUGAAGAUCCCGGCGACGCUUCCCAUCCUAAAAGGAAGCGUGCUAGUCGUCCUAAGGUCCGAUCUGGCUGCAUCACCUGCAAGAUCCGGCGGGUCAAGUGCGAUGAGCGCAAACCUACGUGUUUCCGAUGCGAAAAAGCGGACGUGGAGUGCGAUGGGUACACAAAGGAGGACGCCGACUCCAAGAGAAGCGCCGAGCAGCAGAGGUUGAUCGUCGCGGCCCAGGAAGCGCAAGCGAGCCGGCAGCUACUUCCGCGGCCGAACGAGUCGGGGCCAGGCACCUCCGGUCUUGAAUCUUCGGCUCCUAAAUCCAUUCCCCCGCCGCUUUACCCUUCGACUUUGCGGGUUCAACAGGGGGAUGUUUACUAUUACGAUCUUUUUCGGCACCGGCUUGUGCGUGACCUUUGGGGGUCGGGCCACUCUGAUGCUUGGUCUAGGAUCGUGUUGCAGGAGAGCUCGCGAGACCCCUGCGUCCAGGAGUCGCUGUUGGCCAUCGGCGCGAUCUCUCAAGCCCAGAUGCUUGAGGAUCUGUCGAAAGAUCAGCUGGACGCCAUGCCGUCAGCACUCCGCCCUUGGGGCACGAAAAUGACUCAACCUGGUGGACUUCUCAACCACCAUCACAGGUCGGCUUUAAUACAUCACGUCAAGGCGGUUUCGAUAUACAGACAACGGAUUCAAGACCCAUCAUCGACCUCACCACGAUCAGUCAUCAUCAUGACGCUGCUGCUCGUAGGAUUCGAGUUCAUCCAAGGUAACAUGAAUAACGUCGACACUCUGACCGGUACGGGUAUGCGCCUUCUUGAGAACAGGAUUUCGCUCACGCAGCGUCCUCCACGUCCUUCAAGCGAGAACAGAAACAUCUCGACAGAAUCCUCUCAGCCCUUGUCUGCACAGUUACGAAGAGACAUGCGUGAUGAUGAGAUGGAGGACAUCGAGCACCUCUUACCAUGUCUCUCCCUGAUGAGCGGGUUCACCCACUUCUUCAACUCGCACCGCACCGCCAUGCCAAUGAUGAACGGUACCCCUAUCCUCGAGCUACCUCAACCAGGCGUCACAGUCAUCUCCAAACUCGAAGUCUUCUGGGGUCAGUUCUUUACACGCGCAGUCGUACAUAUCAUGCGCUCGCUGCACGACCAGCUCCGAUACAAGGAGCGGAACAUAACGCAAGCCGCCUUGGAGCAGGCUACGUUUCUGUCAUACAUACGAAUGUGGGACUCAGUCCUGGAUGUGUAUCUCAAGGACCCUUCUCUCAAAGACAACGCCAGACGAGCCUUGCGAAAGAUACAGAUCCAUCGGCUCUUGAUCCACAUUGUUAUAAGCUGUAGUCUCGACCGAACCGACAUGUGCUACGACGCAUUCGAGGCGGACUUCAGAGACCUCCUGAACAGGAUAGUGACGUAUCUUCGCGACCCGGGACCGACCUCAAAAGUCGGCUUCACCUUCACCGAGGGACUCACAACCCCGCUCGCCACCAUAGUCGCCAAGUGCCGUAAUCACGAGCUGAGAAUGCAAGCUGUUCACCUCCUCAACAAUAUGGCAUGGAGAGAGAGCGCUUGGGAUGGGAAAGCGCUAGUCAUUGGCAAAUCGGGCGUGGUGAUGCUGGAGGAGAGAGGGAUGGAUGCUAAUGGGUUCAUACCUUCUGGGUCCAGAUGGGUGUGGAUGUCAGGUAAAUGGGAUCUCGAGAAACGGGAACUCGUCGCCACGUACUUGAGACUGAUGCCCAACGAGGACGGUACACCAGUUCAUGCGCAUCUGGAGCUCGACAUGGAUAACUUGCUAGAUACUUGUAGUAUGGUGGGAUGUCGUGGGCGGCAUGAUCCUUUCGAGUGUUAUCAAGAGUAAUAGAGGAGCUUCCGCUUCGAGGUUGUCUUCAUAACUAUGUCUUCCCCCUCGAUAGAGGAUUUGAUACGGGUAUCUAGCUUGUCAGAUCAGAUACUGAGGUGAACGAUGUAAUAGGUACCCUAUGGAACUAAUAGGCCUCAGACGGGGCGGCCCCAUAUCCUUUUCCAUUAGAUGUUGCUUCUCGGCUGACAAAGCAUGCCGUCUUGAAGUACUUAAAGAAGGCUGAGAAUUCGAGUCUGUUCCCCAUUUGAUCAUGAA